CUUCAAACGUUUCCCGUACUAGUAAUUUUUUCCAAACCGCCUUGGUUGAGGCACAUGGCGGAGGUCAUGGGAUUUUCGACUCUCGGGGCGCUUCUCGCACGAACUUUGAGCGUCCCCGUCUCGUUUUUGUCCAAAGAACUGGAACCGUCCCUUUUCUUCUCCGUUUUCUUGCCCCGUUGGACUCGAUAGGUCUUUCCGUUCCUUUCAAUGCUUCAGUUCUGCCGCUGCGCUGCGUCCGCGUGACGCCGUCACGACGCCAGGAGCCUCGUCGUCAGUCAACGACGCCCUUCCGAAGACUCGCAGUCCACCGGGAAAAGCGAAGAAAAGACUCUUUUCCACCCCUUUUCUUCCGCGUGACUUCAAUUUGGAGAGCAGCUCGUUCCGCCUCAAGACUUCAUUCAGGAGCAACCUAUGCGAUCAUCGUGUGUGUCCACAUUCGUUUCUAACUCAAAUCGAACAAAGACAUAGAAUAUAUGAUGUAUAUAUGGAAAACGCCCAGACGGGUCACUGGUGUGUCCUUCCGCUGUAACGUGACUUUCAUUCGAACAAAAAGCGCACAAGCGACUUGGAUCUUCCUCCCGUGGGAACCCUCCUUGGGCCGUCUUUGCAGGCCGCUAUAUUCCUUUGCACGCCUCCUUCGAGCUACUCAGAGAGGAGUUGUUGCUGUUUGACGGAAGAACGAAUCAAUGUCGGCUGAAAAAAUCGCUUGUUUUCGACAUCGAGGGCAACAGGCUUUAGAGAACGCACGAGGAGGGUCUUUCGUCGUUUUCAGUUCUUUUCCACGAUGGCGCCACCUUCGGCUCCGGCCGUCGCUGCGUCUUCACCUUCGCUUCAAGAACUCUACAACUUGCUGCGAUCUGUUGUCAAGCCAGAAUGGAGUCACAUUCUCGACCCGGCUAGCGACGAGUGGAAAAAGAAAUUCCGAGAGCGCGUAGACGCAGAAACAUCUGUCACUUCUCCACCUCUCUCCUCCACUUCUUCUGCGUCUACGAAUGAUUGUGCACAGUCUUUUUCUGCCUGUUCCACGCUCUCAGACGGGAGUUCUGUGUGCUCGCUUCCUCGCGAGCAGCAGUUGCAUCUUCUCGUGAAAAUGUCGAGCAUUCUGGAAACACCUUGGCUUGUUGCACAGAAACGGCUCGAGGGAAUUAAAGAGGCGGAGAAGGCUAGACCUCUUACGCUCGAUCAAGUGGUGACGUAUGCAAGGAGACUGGGCGGGAGCACUGCGGCGCCUCCGGAGACUGCAAACAUUUCGGACGUCGUCACGCACCAGUCGAUCUACCCCACAUUCCACUUUCUUCCGUAUCCGUCGAUGGAGGAGCUGCAGACUUCUCGCCUCGGCUUCCUCGCUUCCAAGCCUUUUGACCGCGUCUGCUUUCCUCCGGAAAUCCGGUCUCAGUGGACAGUGCGGCUGCGCAAAAGCGAACGAAGCUGCGACGAAGAGGGAGACUCUCGGGCAGGGACGGAGACAAAUGUGCCUGGAUACGAAGUCCGCCUCGUCUGCCAGACACCAGGCGCACAGCUUGUGUACUGCGUCUUCGACGGCUUGCUGGCUCCGAACGCUCUCCCGGCCCAGCCGCUCUGGAAGGAGACCCGGUACACCUCAGAAGCCCCCGUCUUCCUCUCCACGCCUUUUCCUAAGACGCUGGUGGCUCGAGCGCUGAAGCCGCCUUUGCAGCCUUCGCGGCCGACGCUGCUUCGUCUGAAUCCACGAAACCUAGCGACUCAGAGCCCCGCCAGGUCUCUUCCCUCCGGGCGUCCGCGACUGCCCGCUCCUCAGGCGCCCGCACAACGCGAGCGAGAAGAAGGCGGAGACGCCGCGACGGCUGAGCGAGAAGCUCAGCGAGACGCACAGACAAAGAGAGGCCGAGAGGAAGAGACGACGCGAGGUCUCCGAGAGCAGGGGCGAGGAGACAGGAGCAGCACUGCCUUCGAAGGAGGAAGAGAAACGCGUUCGCCAGGCGAGAAAGACUCGAGCGAGAGAGGCGGUAGUGACGCUGUUGCAGGAAGAACUCAAGGAGCUCCGAGUGCACCGCAGGCGCCCCAGAGCGCGUCUCGUUUGCUCGCGGCCUCGCUGGCUUCAGGUGAGCAAGCGCAUGCAACCCCGCCCGCAUCGGCCUCAGCUAGCCUCGCUAGUCAAGCAUCUGUUCCUCCGGGUCGCGCCCUCCCGGCGAACGACGCGCGAGUGGGUGGAAGCUUUCAAGGUUUGAUGUUGGGGAGUUCCCGGAGGAAACGCCGAGAAGAAAUCGUGCAGAGACAAGAGGCGGCGCAGGACUCAAGUGGCAGUGCAGAGAGCAGCAGCAGUGGAGAGGAGUCGAGUGACGAGGAAGAGAAGGGCAGCGGAUGAAGCGUGGAUUUGGGCAGCUGAAGCUGGAGUGAGGAGGCAAAUACACAUACUUCUGAAAAGCGUGAGAGAAACGGAAGGGGAAAGGGUGGAAGGGAAGCAGCAAGGUCAGGGGAUAUCCUGUCUCUUUAGCUGUUCCUGAAGAAUCUGAAACUGCAUACGUUUCGUCGAGCUCUUAGGAACGCCAGAGCGGCCCCGCUCUCGCCAGCUCUCACCUGUCAUGGGCGCCGAAGAUACUUUUGCUCACUGCUCGCCACGAGAUGGAACAACAUCCACCACACCGCAUGCGCGUGCACACUCACGAGAAACUAGGCUUUCAACUCUAGCAACAAGUUCUUCAAGAAAGAAACCUGGUUCGUCGCCGUGUGUCUGCCCAAGAGAAGUAAAGAGAGUUGAAAAACGUUUCACGUUCAACUUCUUGAGAUCCCCGACUGGCGAACGUUACAAGGAAGUCGCUG